AACUUUUCCGGCUCGUUCAUCAACAAGCAACAACAAAACACACACGGCGAAACAUUAGAAAUAUUCGUGGAAAAAUUCGGUUUUCCAAAUUUGUUUACAGAUUUUAAGGCUAUUGACUGUUCCGCGUCUCUCAAGAUACCCUACGUUUGUUUCUCGUGAGACUGAACAGCUUUGAUAGGAAAGAUGAACCAGACUUUGGACGAUAUUAUCAAGAACAGACGACUCGUUUCCAAGGCAGGUGGAGUCAGAACCAAGUUCAACACGUUCCGCAGUACUGCCAGCGUUGGAGGUGGAUUGGUAACGAAAAAGGCAGGUCGCCUUGGGAUUGCGAAACCGGCACCUACAAUGGCCAGCAGGCUGGGCGACGCAAGAAUGAAGAUCAUCGCUAAGAAGAGGCAGAAUUUGGUCGACGCCAGAGACCAACUGAAUGAAAUUGCCAGGCAGUCGGACGCCCGUGAUAAGCUGACCAUGAUCAGGGCAAAGAAACAAGCUGACAAACCAAAAUCUCUUUUCACAAAAGCCUUGGGGGGCUUGAAAAGUGGCGGUGCCGGAAAGGGCAGGGUGAGAAACAAAAACAGAGCCAGCGUCGGAUUUGUAACUAAGAGGCAGCAAGUAAAGCCAGCGAAGGCAGUUCCCCUUGCAGCCUUGACCAGAACUGUGUACCAAGAUCCUGCCCCGAGAAACUAUCUACAGAUUGGAAGACUCGGCCGUGCUCAACCUUUACACGACAUUGAUGUUGACGUUUACAACGAUUUGGACGCAGUUGAGAGACGCUCACCUCCCAGGCGAAGAGAGCGUAUGCCUGACUACGAAGAGUUGCUGGCUAUGUACGCAAGGAACAAACUUCAACGCAAUGUUCCCGAGCCUGUGGCCAGAAGACCUGCUGCCCCAAGCCAGCCCAUCUACAGGAAAACCAGUUCGAGCAUGAGGAUGGAUCAGUACUACAAGGAAGAGUCUGAGGAAGAGGAAGUGGACGAAAUGGAGUAUGAAGAUGACGGUCCACCUCAGCCAACCAAGUUCAUGGGAAGGACCAUCCAGACAAAAGCUCAUCCCACCACCAACAUGUUCAGAAGAGUGCAAAGUUCAAAUGUUGCACCUCCCAGGGCUUAUAAGAAGCCUCCUGGGCACAAAGUUCGUGUCUCCAACCUUGCACCCAGUGUUACAAGAGACGACAUUAUGGAGCUGUUUUCUGACCCUGGUGAAUUGAACAGUUGGGAAAUUUAUCCUGGGGGCAUUGCCGAGGUCUACUACAAAGAGCGAGAUGAUGCCAUUCACGCUGUUGACUCGUACCACAAACGCUUGUUGGACGGCAAACCCAUGACCGUCACCUUUGUGGAAUAGUGCUUAGCAGACUAAAGCAAAGCCCGUUUUGAGCAAAGAGUGGAACUAUUGUGUUAGUCGAACACUUUGAUCUGACACUCUUGCAGCUCGGUUGAAACAACCAUGGAUUUACUGAUUUACUUUUCUACUCUCAAAUUUGUAUGAUUGUGCCUCAAUGCAACAAGUUUUCGUUUUUGUGACUCACAAAAAAAAAUAAUUUUGUUAAGUUGGUGAAAUGAAACCAAGCACAUUAAAAAAAAUCUUGUAAUUUUAUUGUAAGAAUUAUCAGCUCUUUUUAUAAUUAGGCACAACCAUUGGUAAACACGUUAACUUGCAAUUAAUUCAAUGAAUCGACGCUCUUGAUUUCUGCAGUCUUUAUUGCUGUUCUUCCUUUUACAAAGGAGUGUCCCGUUUGUCCGUAAUGUCGAUCACAAUUAUAUAUUGUCAAAAUAAAGUUAGUAAAUACUUAUAAAAGAUAAAAACGUUAGUUGUGCAAUCUCUCUUAAACAUUCCUAAAAUAUAUUUCUGUACUCUGAUAAUGAUAAUUCUUUUUAUAUGGCGUUAAGAUCAUCUUCAGUGAUAACUUCAAGUACUAGUAUACCCCGUGGGGUUUCGUCUUCAUACCCAGGCAAGCCCAAGUCGGCCCUGAUGAUUGUGGACUGGUGGUUGACAGGGGCAAGAAUCUGUGCUUGUCCCAACAGAACGUCUGGUAUCAGUGGACGGUGGCUGUAAACUCGGGCGGACAUUGGGAUGGCUGGAGUGCGGCGGUAAAACACGUACGAGCCCUCCCACGAUGGGUUGUUGUCAUGCUCAACGUGCUUCGUUUCCACACUUACUCCCUCGCACUUAAUCACACAGUAUGGAUUGCACU